UUUCCCCUCUGAAAUCACAGUCUAAUUAGGCAGACAUCUUUCCAAGGUUCCAACAAAGCAUCUACACCCAUCAUUAGCUGUAACCCAUUUGGGUUGCUUUGGUUUCAGUUUUCUGGGUUUUUUUCUUUGGAGAAAGGAAAGCAAGAAGUAGGGACAUUGGCCAAACAAGGCCGGCCACUCAGUGGAGAGGUUUCCAGAUAAGAAGGAUCUGAAGGACUUCCCAUGGGCGUGAGGGAAAUCACACACGCCAUCCGGGGAAAAGACCAGGAAAUCACUUCUUGUUUUCUAAACAGCAGGCUCUCAGGAAUGGCUCUGUGAGGCUCGGAGGACCAGAGCAGGGAGGCACCGGUCAGGAGGGACACCGAGCUGGGAGGGGAGCUGCCCACGCCUUGCAAUGAGUCCUGCUUGGCUCUUUCUUCAGCGGGUGUGAGGCCUUCGAGGAGACUGACGGGCAAAUGGCCUCGUAGGGGAGAUCUGAAAGCUUCUAGGAGUCUGGUUAUAGCAGGAGCCCGUCUGGGGACUUCGGCGCUGGACAGGCAAAGCAACCCACACUUGAAGAAAUGAAAUAUCCAAGGAGAACCACGUUGUGCUUCAUGAUCAUUGUGAUUUAUUCUUCCCACAUUACAAUGACCUUGAAUUUAGAGUCUAUUGUUCAUCCUUUGAAUCUCCAUGAACAUGAACUAGCAGGGGAGGAGCCACUAAGGCAAAAACGAGCGGUCGCUAUGAGCCGUCCUGCAGCUAAAGAGUACACUGUUGACAUUGAGAUCAGUUUUGAAAAUGCCUCCUUGCUGGAGCCUAUCAGAGCUUACUUGAACAGCCUCAAUUUUCCAAUUCAAGGCAAUGACACUGACCCAGCUGCCAACAUUUUGAGCAUAGAGGUGACAACAGUCUGCAGACCCACUGGAAAUGAAAUCUGGUGUUCCUGCGAGACAGGCUAUAGGUGGCCUCAAGAACAGUGUCUUCCAAAUCUCAUUUGUCAAGAUCAGGACAACUCCCCUGCAGGGCAUCAUUGCAAUUGCCUUAAAGGACUGCCCCCCAAGGGACCUUUUUGCCAGCUCCAAGGAGCUGUAACCCUGAGAAUGUCAGUCAGACUCAAUGUGGGCUUUCAAGAAGAGCUCAGGAACACUUCCUCUGCCCUCUACAGGUCCUACAAGACUGACUUGGAAACAGCGUUCCAGAAAGGGUACAGUAUUUUACCAGGCUUCAUAUUGGUGACUGUGACAGGGUUCAGGCCCGGAAGUGUGGUUGUGUCAUAUGAAGUCAAGACUACAACACCAUCAUCUGAAUUAAUGCGUAAAGCGAAUGAUCUAGUAACACAGAACCUUAAUCAGACCUACAAAAUGGACUACAAUUCUUUCCAAGCAACUACUAGUAAUGAAACUAAGUUCUCUGUCACACCGGAAAUCAUCUUUGAAGGGGAUACAGUCACCCUCAUGUGUGAAAAUGAAGUUUCGUCCUUCAAUGUGUCCUGGUACCAUGUGGGAAGGCACUCUGACAUCCAGAACAGCAGCAAAUUCUGGAUUGCCACCACCGUGCUCAACAAUAUGACCUCAGUGUCGCGCCUCACUAUUUACAACUUCACUCAGGGGGACGAGGGUGAAUAUAUUUGCAAACUGACAUUAGAUAUUUUUGAAUAUGAGUCCAGAAAAAAAAUUAAUGUCACACCCAUCCGAAUUUUCUCAACUGAAAAAGUAGAGGUGACAUGUGACAACAGUCCUGUAUCUUUGAACUGCUGCAGUGAGAUCAAUGUUACCUGGAGUAAAGUGGAGUGGAAGCAGGAGGGAGAAAUAACCAUUCCAGGAAACUCUGAAACAGACUCAGAUUCAAGCUGCAGCAGGUACACCCUCCAGGCUGAUGGAACUCAGUGUUCCAGUGGGUCGGCCGGAAGGACAGUUGUCUACACGUGUGAGUUCAUCAGCGCCCAUGGAGCUCGAGGCAGUAAGGACAUAGAAGUGACAUUCACAUCUGUGGGAGAUAAAUCCAGCCACAAAGGGGAAGUGCACGAGUUCCUAAGGCAUGUGAUGGAAAUGAGUACAGUUCAGAGCACCACCGGGAACAGCCUAGAAACAAGUAAAGCCCAGGAGCAGCAAGCCAACAUAACAAUAACCCCGGACCCAAUUUCUGUUUCUGAGGGACAAAACUUUUCUAUAAAGUGCAUCAGUGAUGUGAGUAACUAUGAUGAGGUGUAUUGGAACACUUCUGCUGGAAUUAAAAUAUACCAAAAGUUUUACACCAUGAGAAGGUAUCCUGAUGGAGCAGAGUCGGUGCUGACAGUGAAGACCUCAACAAGGGAGUGGAAUGGAACCUAUCACUGUGUGUUUAGAUAUAAGAAUUCAUACAGUGUUGCAUCCAAAGAUGUCACUAUUCACCCGCUGCCUCUGGAGCCGAACAUCAUGGUUGAUCCUUUGGAAGCUGCAAUUCCAUGCAAAGGUUCCCAUCCCCUCAAGUGCUGUGUCGAGGAAGAUGAAGACUACAGAGUAACUUUCCACGUGGAUUUCCUGUCCUUUCCUGCUGCCAAAGAAGUUAAUGGAAAGCAAGUGUGCUACAAAUUCAAUUUCAUGGCAAACUCAAUAGUUUCCCGGUGUCCAAAAAAUGUUGAUGUGUUCUGUCGCUUUACCAAUGUCGCUGGUGACUCAGUCCAGAGUCCAUCUAUGAAGCUUAAUCUGGUGCCUGGAGAGAAUGUCACAUGCCAAGAUCCCAUCUUAGGUGCUGGGGAGCCUGGGAAAGUUAUUCAGAAGCUCUGCCAGUUCUCACACCUGCCCAGCAGCCCUGGAAGUCCCAUGGGUGGAACCAUGACUUACAAAUGUGUAGGUUCCCAAUGGCAGCUGAAGAGAAGCGACUGCAUCUCUGCACCAAUAAACAAUCUGCUCCAGCAGGCCAAGAUUUUGAUCAAGAGCCCCUCUCAGGACAAGAAGCUGCCUACAUACCUGAAGGAUCUUUCUGAUAACACAGGCAAAGUGGCACAUGAAGUGAGUUCAUGUCCUGGGAACCUGGGAGCCAUUAUUAACAUCCUCGAUUUGUUUUCAACAAUUCCGGGCCAAGUGAAUUCAGAAAUGAUGAAGCACGUUCUCUCUACGAUUAAUAUCAUCCUUGACAAGCCCGUUCUGAAUACGUGGAAGGUGUUACAACAGCAACAGACCAAUCACAGCUCUCAGCUACUGGAUUCAGUGGAAAGAUUUUCCCGAGCAUUACGGCCAGAAGGAAGCAGCGUGCUGUCCAUCUCCCAAACUAAUGUACAGAUGAGGAGCAUGGUCAUAAAAUCUGGCUCCCCAAAACCCUACAAGCAGACCUUUGUUUUCUCAGACUCUGACCUCAGGGGUGAAGUGGCUAUUGACAAGUGCCAUCUGGAACACCUGCAGCCAGAUACAUCUAUUGUCACCGUGGCGUUUCCAACUCUUAAAACCAUCCUUGCCCGGGAUGCUCAGAGAAACAAUUUUGCAAACAGCUUAGUGAUGACAACCACUGUCAGCCACAAAAUAACCACGUCGUUCAGGAUUUCAAUGACUUUUAAGAACAACAACUCCUUAGGUGGGAGACCACAAUGUGUCUUCUGGAACUUUGCCCUAGCCAACCACACAGGCGGGUGGGAUAGCAGUGGGUGCUAUAUGAAAGUUGAUGGGGAUAGUGUCUUCUGCAGCUGUGACCACCUGACAUCAUUCUCCAUCCUCAUGUCUCCUGACUCUCCAGACCCUGAUUCUCUCCUGAAAAUACUACUGGAUAUCAUUUCCUACAUUGGGUUGUGCUUUUCCAUCCUGAGCUUAGCAGCCUGUCUAGUUGUGGAAGCUGUGGUAUGGAAGUCAGUGACCAAGAAUAGGACUUCCUAUAUGCGUCACAUCUGCAUAGUCAACAUUGCUGCCUCCCUUCUGGUCGCUGACAUUUGGUUCAUUGUGGCCUCCACCAUCCGGGACCAUCACUAUGUACUCAAUGAGACAGCCUGUGUAGCCGCCACCUUCUUCAUCCACUUCUUCUACCUCAGUGUCUUUUUCUGGAUGCUGACUCUGGGUCUCAUGCUCUUCUACCGCCUGGUUUUCAUCCUGCAUGAUGCAAGCAAGUCUUUUCAGAAGGCUAUUGCAUUUUCUCUUGGCUAUGGCUGCCCUCUUAUCAUCUCUGUCAUCACAGUGGGGGUCACCCAGCCCCAGGAAGUCUACACAAGAAAGAAUGCCUGUUGGCUUAACUGGGAGGAUACCAAGGCCCUACUAGCCUUCGUCAUCCCAGCACUGAUCAUCGUGGUGGUGAACAUGACCAUCACGGUUGUGGUCAUUACCAAGAUCCUGAGACCUUCCAUUGGAGACAAGCCCAACAAGCAGGAGAAGAGCAGCCUAUUUCAGAUCAGCAAGAGCAUCGGGGUCCUCACGCCACUCUUGGGGCUCACCUGGGGUUUUGGUCUUGCCACUGUGUUCCAGGGAAGCAAUGCUGUGUUCCAUAUUGUAUUUACCCUCCUCAAUGCCUUCCAGGGAUUAUUCAUUUUACUCUUUGGAUGCCUCUGGGAUCAGAAGGUACAGGAAGCUUUGCUGAAAAAGUUUUCACUGUCAAGAUGGUCCUCACAGCACUCAAAGUCAACAUCCCUAGGCUCAUCUACACCAGUAUUUUCCAUGAGUUCUCCAAUAUCAAGAAGAUUUAACAAUUUGUUUGGAAAAACAGGAACGUACAAUGUUUCUACCCCAGAAACAACCAGCACCUCCAUGGAAAACACUUCCAGUGCUUAUUCAUUGCUCAACUAAAAACAGGAAAAGCCAACCCAUGUGACUCUUGAGGAGCAGUGGAUGUGCUGUGAAAAAGAGAUCCCAUCAAAGCCCUGGGUAAAAUGUUUCCUCCACAGACUUCUGGGAGCAACACUGAAGAGACUUUUUCAUUAGGAAAGAGGCUUUCUUUUGUAAAGAUAGAGUAAAAGUUAUCAUUCCAUUUAUUUUGCUGCCUCACCCCCACCCUUGGUGUCAUACCAAACAUGUAUAGUAUUUAAAUGAAACUCAAGUUUCCCAACGCCCAACUUACCUGUCUAUAUUGUAAAAUAGAAUUUCAAAGAGACAUUUUCACUUUUCACAAGUUGGGCACAAAGAUGAGCUUUGAUUAAAAUAAUAAGUAAAAGGCUAAUACCUAGGAAAGAUUUCAGUGAAUUCAAGGAGAGAAGGAAGGAAGGAAGGAAGGAAGGAAGGAAGGAAGGAAGGAAGGAAGGAAGGAAGGAAGGAAGGAAGGAAGGAAGGGGAGAAGGGGAAAAGAGAGAAAAAUAACAUGAAGAACCACAUUUUAAGAUUUCCAUGUUCAUGAUAUAAUUACUCAGAUAAUGCAACAUUGUGAAUUAAAAAGUGGCUCAAAAAUGGAAACUGAAAAUAAGCCAUGGGGAAAGUUCAAUAUCUUCCCUGUAUUUUCUCAGCAAGGAAAGGGGGAAAAUCAGUGGGAAAAAAAAAGGGAGAAAAUUACAUCAUCAGAAUGCUUUGAAGUGGGUAGUAAUAUUUACAAGAAAUGCAUCAAAGGAGACAUGAUUCUGCUGAUGUUAAACACACACAUAUAUACAUAUAUAUUUAUAUAUAUAUUUGCAUUUAAGGUUUGAGCUAAGUAGGAUGAAUAUGCAAAGGAAGUGAGAUAACCAUCCUUUAUGAGUUCCAAGCAAAUCCAACUGCCGAUUACAUUUCUAUAGUUUAUCAGAAAAGCCUUAUUUUUGGUUUGUUCCAUGUUUGGAAAGCAAAAAAUACACAUUUUUAUAUCCAUUAAUUGUCAAAUGUGAUAUAUUGCACUGAAAACAGAUCCCAACUGUCUAUAUUGUAUGUAACAGCUUUAACCAGGUACUUCUCUGUGCAUUAUAGAAUAGAUUUGGAUAAUUUAUGGCAUUGUGUAUUACUAUUGUUAUUACUGUGGAGUUAGUGGGCCUUGGCAUGUUGUAGAGCUCUCUAUGUAUUAGCUCUUUCAGUCUUUAAGUUCCCAGAGCAACAUACAUUUAGAGUUCUGUUCGGUCCAACUUGUGUUGAUUGCAGCCACUUGGAGAUCUUCCAGAAAGCAGUGCCACAGCUGGCUUGUCUGUGCUCACGUGACACUUUCCCCUGAUGAACAGGCGAUGGAGGUUUUUCCAAGAAUUUGAUUAUUUGUGAUUUAUGUGUGUGUGCGCCUUUCAUACAAAUAUAAAUAUUUAUUAAAAUUGCAUCCAUAUUAAAGUUAACCAGGCACUGCAGCUACAGCAGCCAUACAUUCCAAACCAAAGUCAUAAUGAGACAACAGGAACGUGGGGACACUUGGGAAGUACGCGUCGGGUGCCCUCUGUAAGGACUGAGAGCUGACCUGUCAGGAGGUAGGACAAAAGAGGCUGAAACUCAACAACCAUUAAUUUAUUGAGAUUCAAAGGGGUUUUCUUUUAAUAUUUUAACUCUUUAAAAAUCUCUUCCUUUUAUUUUUAAUUCUAAAUUCUACCCUGGCUUUUUUUUCUUUGUGGGGGAUGGGGGCUGGGAGAGGUAGAACAGAUAGAAAUAUUGACAGUGUUUAAAGUAAAUGAACUCUUUAUUUCUGCAAUGUCAGAAUGACAUAGACAUUGACUCGCACAUGUGCCUGAAAAUUGUCACUUCAGUAUUCUAACUGAAGAGUUCAUUAUUUAAAGUCCCUAAAGGAAAUGACUGUUAGGCUAUGAUAUUCUCCAGGGCAUGAUCAUUUUGGGCAGAGCUCAGUACUGAGAACCUGGAGAACCCAUUGAAGUAGAGUUAGGCAUUAGGGAAAGACUAGCUUUGACUGAUCUGGUUCCUGGGGUUGGACCAGGGAGAACAGAGGCAGGGUCAUAGCACAACAUUAGCAUGGCCAAGGAAAGCACAGUACUCAGGAGGAGGCUGUGGUUCUCAUGUUCAGAAACACAAUGGGACAAAAAACACUGAACUUCCACUCACUUCUGUAAGGGUCCUUUGGGAAUUAUUGUGUUUGAUAUUGUGAAAGGAACCCAUGCAAUGGCAGGAACCUUCGGCAGAGUUCCAUAGAAUGUGAUCCUGGCCCUCUGCCCAUAUUCGUUAAUGGAGGCACGUUCCCUUACUACACACAUAUACACACGCAGGCAUGCGCGCGCCUCCCACUUUACGAGCCACACCACUGGAUGCAAAUUCCAGGAAAGCUAUGAAAACAAAAAAAAUUGGAGAAAUACUUGUUGGUUGUCUGCCCUCCCACAAGACACAUAGUUCAACCUCUGCUCUUUGCCAAGAAUAUCUUAAACUAAGCAGUGGAACUCAAAACUCUAAGGGAGACCAUCCAUGAAUCUGUAAAGUUUACGAAAUCAGGGGCCCCUCUUGGCCCUGAGGUCACCAGUUCUCAAUCAGCAAUUCCUCAGGGAAGGAAGAGGAAGAGGGAACAUUAACUCUCAUGUUGGUGCAAAGUGAGCUGUGUUGUCUACUUCACUUAUAAAGUGCCCCAUGCUUCCCCAGGUUCCUGACUCUCUCAGUGCGUAAAGUCAGUUGCAUUGAACUAAAUUUUCUUGCAUGAAGGGGACCAUCCAUUAAGUUGGUUUCUUGCAAAGGGACCUGUGCUAAUGGUUCAGAGAUUGUGAGAUUGAAGCGUUCACAAGCAAGCAAUUAAUAUAAACUACAGAAAUAUUCUCUGCGAAGACUGUAAGUGCAGUGGAACACACCAGCUCUCGAAUGGAACACUUGUCUGCCAUCCACUUCCCUGUUUCUUAAUAAAGAUGAAUGGAUUUUGGGGGAUGUAGGCUACUCAGUCCAUAAAUUAAGAAACACUAUGGGAAGUCACAGCCUUUGGUGGUUUGUGUAGAAAACUUCAGAGGGGUCUGCGUUGGAAGGUUAAAGAAAAAGUUACAUAGAGAUGAGAAAGAUUAUAGCAACCGGUAAAUGCAGAAGCAGGGGGUAGAGUUAUUCUGAGAGGAGUGGAACGGGAAGUCACAAGCAUUGAGAAGACGAGAGGAAAUGAGGGAGGAAAUGAGGGUGGCCGUAGAAAUGCUGAGAAGGUGGAAUGCGUAUUACUUGUGACGAGUGAUGGUGACGUCAAACAGGGACUUCUGUAUCCCAGACAGGAAGCCAGUGACUGAGGCCAACAGGAGCUGGAUUCCCUGAGUGUGCACAGUGAAAGAGGGGCCUCUGGUGGAUCUUUCUGAUGUAUUUUUAAAAGUCGGUGAAAAUACUGUCUCAACAUUUCAAAGAUGUUAGCUUUGAAAUGAGAUGCUAUAGGUUUCUAAAAUUAGAACUUAGAAUUGAAAAUCAUGUCUUCAUAUGCCAGUAUACAUCUACGGUUCUUUUCCAUGUUUAUAACAAUAAAAUAUUUUAUAAGAUCUGGUAAAAUAUAUAAA